AUGGCCUGUUACAGCAGAAGCUGCUGGUUUAACUCAAACCAUGUCACAUUCGAUGAGUCGAUCUUCUACAAGGAUGAGGAACAGUUACCGAUACCAGCCAAACAGAGGGAGGACCUAAACACCUUCAUCAGUGACGUUAAGGAAACCCCUAUUGUGGAUGACUUCGAGCUUGUUGCGUCAGGGAAUCUGAUUGAGAACCCCUUUACUGAUGAAGCUGCUAAUCAGGGCACUACGCCAAUUGACACGAUUAAGGCUAUUAACACUAUUGACGAUACCCCUCAACCUACCGCUAUUGACUUGAAGGUCAUGGACUACCCCGAAGAGUCGAUCGCUCAAGCAUUACUUCCUUCCCCGCUAUUUUCGCCCGAGCCGGACGAUCAGACCGAGCCGAUGCCUCCCCUCGAUGAUAUAUUCUGUGUCAGAGUUGACAAUAUUGAAAGGAAGGCUUAUGAGGUCUUUAUGGCAGCUAUCAUGAAGCCGUUGGCGAUGAUGGAAGCCCCUUAUAUCACGAACAUGCCUAAGGAGCCAGCGAUAUAG